AUGGCUCUCUUUACACAUACACUGGCUGCAAGAAUGCUGGUAACAAGAGAUGACCCGAAAGACCAUGAUGAAGGAGAGUGCGAGCUCCUUGGCUCCUUCGCUCUCCUCGUUCAAGCAGCUCUCGGUCUUCUAGCUCUCACCUCCCUCGUCUACAAAAGAUGGCGCGAACGACCCCAACGACCCGUCAAAAUCUGGUUCUUCGACGUCUCGAAACAAGUCGUCGGCUCCGUUCUCGUACAUAUUGCCAACCUUGUUCUCGCUUUACUAUCCUCUGGGAAAUUCGAUACGACACCGCAUCCGUCGCGGUUGGUACGGAGAGAUGAUGAUUACCACCCUAAUCCAUGCAGUUUUUAUCUGCUGAAUCUGGCGAUUGAUACAACCGUUGGAAUUGCGAUUCUGAUAUACUCUCUCCGAGCAAUUACAUAUCUUUGCGAGCUACUUCCACCAGACAAUCCAUUCAGCUACGGCAUCACCUCCGGCGAUUAUGGAAGCCCUCCAAAGGCCUCCAGCUGGAUCAAACAAUCUGUAUUAUAUUUCGCCGGCCUCAUGUUCAUGAAACUCAUUGUCGCAAUCCUAUUCGCAAUAUUCCCCAUCGCCCUUGGAAAAUUCGGCGACUUCCUCCUCGGCUGGACCGAAGGCAAUCGAAGAGUCCAAAUCGCAUUCGUCAUGUUCAUCUUCCCCUUAAUAAUGAACGCCGUCCAAUAUUACAUCAUCGACAUCUUCAUCAAGAAACAGGAAACAAAGGCACCACACCUGGACGACGAAGAAAGACUACCGAUCGCAAGAAGUGAUGAUAGCGAUGACGACGAUAGCGAAUUGGGAAUCCCACAUGAUUCGAAUCUACCACAGGUGCAGCCUAGUAGCGGAGCUGCUGCCGCUGCCGCUGGUGGUGCGACAGGAAAGGGGGAUAAGAGACAGAAAGUUCAAUCGCGGACACGGAGUUUCGAAGAUAGUUCCUACGUAUACUCCACUGAUGAAGACGAUGAACAUGCGAUUAUUGCACAGAAACAGAAACGGGGCCAUUCGAAGAAAGGGUCGACUUCGGCACGGAUAGAAGAAUACGAUCCGGAUAUCGAUGGGGAUAAUACGGCUGCUAAGAGGUAG